AUGACCUCAACCGUUGACAAGAAAAUUAUGGCCGAGAAGAUCGCAAAAGUAAAGGAGGUCGUCCGAGGCAUAAAUCAAAACGAUAUCGUGCUCGCCCUACACUCGUUUGACUUGGAUGUCGAGAAGACGAUUCAAGGACUUUGUGAGAAUCGUUCCGCGGUGCUUGAUGAGUGGGUAUGCAGUGGAGCCGCCAAAAAGCAAAAGAACAAGGCCUCGAAGAAGAAGGCGAGCGACAACGACUCGGUCACCACUGAAACUCCUUCCGUUUCAUCUAAAAGCGAGACGAUAAUCCCAACCAUUGCCCUAACAUCGAAUGCGAAGAAGCCUCUUGCUCAGGCGAAUGGUUAUCAUCCAACAAAUGCCAAGCAAAAUGGAAUGGGAGAGAUGGAAUGGUUGAGCAGCCACGAGAAGGAAGCAACCAAAAUUGCUACCGCCUUUUCGCAAGAGUGCAAACGCGGGCUGGAGGAAAUUCAAAGCACUUUCAAGGCUUUGCGGCAAGCAUUGGCUGAUCGAGAGAAAAUCUUGGUAUUGUCAUUGAACCGUAGCCAACAAGAUGCGGAGAAGUUGAUCAAUGAGAACAAGAACACUGCAAUGUCACUCCUGACACGUAUGCGAGCUGUCAGAGGAGAUCCCGCUCUUAACGGAGAUUUGAAAGCCUUUGGCCAGGCACGUCGCUCUGAACAACAGUUGGCUUCAGCUUCUGCUUUCACCUACGAUAUGACCUACCUCAUUGACGCAUUGAAUAAGUUUGGAUCAGUUGCGGAAGUGGUGCCAAGUCGUGGUGGGUCACAAGUCUCCACGUUCUCGACUACUUCUCCUUCCCCCAUCCGACAUGCUGCUUCCCAUUCAAGCAUCAUCUCGGAUCACGACUCAGGACUUGGUGGACACAUUUCACCGGUUUCAAUUGAAGAAAAGAAACAAAAUGUGGUCUCGAAGCCUAUUGCUCAUCUUAACGCGGGUGGUUUUCAAAUGGCUUCAGACGGGUUAUCAGCGGAACAACUUGAGCAAUUGCAGAAAAUCAUGCAGGCGCAGCUGGCUGCUUCCGGCAUUGAUGCCUCAGUUGUUGCUGGCGGCGGUGGUACCGGAAUUGUUCCUGCUCGUCCUAGGGGCGAUCGCCGUCCAAAUAACAACAAUGCCAACAAAAAUCAUGGCGGUGGAGGCCCUGGGCGCAAAGCCAAUGGCGGUCCAAAGAAGAACGAGAAGAUGCCUGAGAUUUCAAUUCUUGGG